GUUCCUUCUUUUUCUUCCCGUGGGAUUGAAGAAAAAGAGACCACUGCCCACUAUUCUAGAUACUACAGGCACACACUCUCCUCCAUCAUCGCAUUUCCGUCUGAAUUUCUCCUCCGUUUCAGCCUCAGGGUCAAGACAAUCUAAGAUAUGGCAGAAGGUGAGGACAUUCAGCCCCUGGUUGUUGAUAAUGGAACUGGAAUGGUUAAGGCUGGGUUUGCUGGAGAUGAUGCACCUAGGGCUGUUUUCCCCAGUAUUGUUGGUAGGCCUAGGCACACAGGUGUUAUGGUGGGGAUGGGACAGAAAGAUGCAUAUGUUGGUGAUGAGGCUCAGUCCAAAAGAGGUAUUCUCACAUUGAAAUAUCCCAUUGAACAUGGUAUUGUUAGCAACUGGGAUGACAUGGAGAAGAUCUGGCAUCAUACUUUCUACAAUGAGCUUCGUGUGGCUCCUGAAGAACAUCCCGUGCUCCUCACUGAAGCACCCCUAAAUCCUAAGGCCAACAGAGAGAAGAUGACACAAAUCAUGUUUGAGACAUUUAAUGUCCCUGCCAUGUAUGUUGCAAUCCAAGCAGUUCUCUCCCUCUAUGCUAGUGGACGCACUACAGGCAUUGUGCUGGACUCUGGUGAUGGAGUGAGUCACACUGUUCCCAUCUAUGAAGGCUAUGCGCUUCCCCAUGCUAUUCUCAGGCUUGACCUUGCUGGACGGGAUUUAACAGAUGCCUUGAUGAAGAUCCUGACAGAGAGGGGCUAUUCAUUCACCACAACUGCUGAACGGGAAAUUGUUCGUGACAUCAAGGAGAAGCUUGCCUACGUGGCACUUGACUUUGAGCAGGAGCUUGAAACUGCUAAAAGUAGCUCAUCAAUUGAGAAGAGCUAUGAGCUACCUGAUGGGCAAGUAAUAACCAUUGGGGCAGAGCGUUUCCGUUGUCCUGAGGUCUUGUUUCAACCAUCACUCAUUGGGAUGGAAGCUCCUGGAAUUCAUGAGACCACCUAUAACUCGAUCAUGAAGUGUGAUGUUGACAUCAGGAAGGAUUUAUAUGGUAACAUAGUCCUUAGUGGUGGGUCCACAAUGUUUCCUGGUAUUGCUGAUCGUAUGAGCAAGGAGAUCACGGCACUUGCACCAAGCAGCAUGAAGAUCAAGGUGGUUGCACCCCCAGAGAGAAAGUACAGUGUUUGGAUUGGAGGGUCUAUUUUGGCUUCCCUUAGCACAUUCCAGCAGAUGUGGAUAUCAAAGGCAGAGUAUGAUGAAUCGGGCCCUGCCAUUGUCCACAGGAAGUGUUUCUAGAUGUUGGCUUGUAUUUUGGUCGCCCUUUUUGUCCUGCAUAUUGUGGUUUUGAGUGUACCGAUUGGGCAGGGGUUGGUUAUGUUUGGUUUGGUUUUCAACUUGUUUGCCUUUUGUUUCUUCGUCUUUAUGAGUGUCUGAGACAUGCAUAGCUUAUUUGUAUAAUUUUAUGUUAGAUCCUCUAAACAGAAAACUAUCAGUUUUGAGUAAUGUAUUGAUUGCAAUUUAUAAUGUUGAGUUGCUUCUGCAAACCGACUUCUUAUGUGUUGUCUUUUCUUUUUUUAGCCAAUGAACUCUUACUUGUUUAUAAUGUUGAAUCUUCAAUGUCUGGGUAUAGGCUAUAUUACAGUUGAAUUCCUUCUUCAGUCACUAGUCUUUUGUCACUCUUAUCAAACUUUGAAUUUUUGAGACAUUCGUUUUAGAAGUCUGGUACUAGAAUAAACUCGUGUUUUCUAGGUACUACUAGUAGAUCCAUUCUAGUUUAACAUUUAGGAAAGCUCGUGGGUAAAAUUUCGUUAGCACUCCGAAGGUGUGAUUUGGUUUCUAAGGGGUUUAAGGAGAUCUAGCGAGGUUUCAUGCUUUAUCAUAGUGUCUUUCAAGCCAAGAGGAGUCGAAAAAGGUCGGAUGGUGGGGAUUCUCUUGUCCUGUUUAUGAAAUUUGUACUGCCCUCGUGAAAUGGAGAGCGAUAAUGCAUGUUGGCUUUUAGUAGAUCUGACAUUGUCUGGAAAAAUGAAAAAUAACAAUCCACAGUGCUUCAUUUGGGUAAGGCCAGGGCUCAGUCACUCACGGACCAUGUAUGCUUGGCCGGCUGUUAGCAUGGUUCAUGGUAAAAUAUCUGUUUC